UGUUAGCCACGGCUAUAACAAAGAAAAAGACGAGGAAGUGUCUUUACACGACCGUUAACGUGAGAAUUUUGUUUUUCUUUAUACUUACAUUUUUGUUUUGUUUUGUUUUUUUCUUUUCUGAAGUGGAUACUUGUGGCAUUUCGGCACUGUGGCUUCCAACAAGGGCGAAUUUUCCUCAUUCAAACGGAACCGUCAUCUAAAAUCAGGGCAAAGCAGCCCCUUAACUUGCUAGCUGCCGCUAGCCACUGCGAGCUAGCAUAAUACAGCCUGACUGGUUAAUGUAGCUCAGCGAUAAAUAUGGCAGAAAACACGAACAGCGCUGCGAACCUUCCUCCGGGAGAUCCGCAGCUCAUCGCCCUGAUCGUAGAGCAUCUGAAGAACCGAGGCUUGUUUGACGAGUUUAGAAGAGACUGUCUGGCAGACGUGGACACGAAGCCAGCUUAUCAGAAUUUGAGACAGAAGGUGGACAACUUUGUCGCGAAUCACCUCAGUACUCAAGAAUGGAGUCCGUCAAUCAACAAGAACCAAGUCCGUAAUGGACUGCGACAAAGUGUAGUUCAGUCUGGGAUGUUGGAGUCUGGAGUGGACCGCAUUAUAACACAGGUAGUGGAUCCCAAACUGAACCACAUCUUCAGGCCCCACAUUGAGAAAGCCAUUCACGAUUUCCUGGACUCAGACAAGAAAGAGGAUGGGGCAUCAAAUUCAACCUCUGAGGCUGACCAGCAAGAUGCCACCAGCAGCAAUGCCACUCCGAAAACACAAUAAGUCCAGGUGCCAGGUGAUCCUGACGGAUGGAGUUUAAGUGGAGUAACAGACAUAUACUGAGGAAAUACUCCCAUACUGGAAUUAUACUGCAUGUUUGGGAACAUGCUCAGACUAGUACAGUCCUUUUGUGUACGAGCAUGUAAAACAUGAGAAGGACACGUUGUUCAGUCUAUGCACCAUAUCAGUGUCACUAUGAAAUCAUCCGUAAAUGUGAACACAGGUGAAAGAACUGAAUAAAUGGCCAGUUGAAAUUAAAUCAUCUCAUUAAUCGAAUUGUUUUUGCGAAGAGGAAACUGAAACCAUGCAAUCUGACGUUGUGAAUUGCUUCCUUUUUCAUUUGAUUGUAACAGGGUACGUUUUUACUAAUAAACAGUACUUACUAGGGGAAAUGCCUACAUCAUUGUAUCAUUUCUGGAUUUGUAGUUCUUCUACAAGUAUUGCAACAGAUUCUGUUUUGUUGUGGGGAAACAGUCUUCAUAAUGACUGGCUCGUGGCCUGCUGCUGCUGUUUUUUUUUUCCUGGAUUCCUAUUAGUGAUGACAUUCUAGGGAAGAGGGAAUCUUCUCAUUCUGGCAUUUUUGUGAUUCCAACUGGACGUUAAGCAGAGCGAGUGCCUACAAAAGAUCACCGUGUUCCAUCCGAUGCAGACGUGGUGUAAAGUGAUGGGAUCCGUUUGGAAGUGAAAGCUUUUGACCUGCAGAAGAACAUUUUGAACUAUGAUAAGGGCUACCAGCAGAGGGCUUCGUUUAUUUAUUCUUUUUUUUGUUGUUUUUUUUUGUUUGUUUGUUUGUAAUGGACGAGAUGCACUGUGUUCCUGGACUAGGCCAAAGGUCUACAAGUUCGGCUUGUUUCUGUCUUUCAGCACCUCUCUCCUGAGAAUGUGGAACACAGUCAAAUGCUGGAGACGGACGUUGGUCUGCUACACUUUGCAGUAAUGUGUCUUAUGCCAUACACUGGUUGUUGGAGUAAAGUGCUUUUUUGGAAUGUUACCAAGUGUCUAAAAAGUGACUUAAAAAGUGAUUAACUUUACCUGUAAUAGAGGGUAUUCCUGAUGUUCCCAACCCCUCCAACCUCCCCAGCUACCUCCCCACCCCCAAAAAGAAGGAGAAAAUAAACUUUUGUUUAAAGAAAUUCAAUCCACAAUUUAAAAAUCGGUGUUAAUCCUCCAGUUUCCUCAAAAAAUAUAUAUUUCAUCUUUUUAUCUUGAUUUUUUUUAAAGAGGAAAUCCAGCACAAACAUUUUCUCCUGUAGGCUUGCAUUGGACAUAAAACCAAAAUAGCGAAAAAUUGCAUGAAAAAAUGAAUUCACCUUAAUAUACCUUUACCAUUAAUGCAGCAAUGCAGUACUCUAACAAUUAUACUGUUAUUUCUUAAUUUUUUGUUGCUAAAUUUAUGUGUAAGACCUGGUGAAGAACAGCACGUCACUUGAAAAAUCAGUGAACAUGUGUAACUGAACCAAAAACAGCUAAAAUACUGUGUCAGUUUAAUAUGUAAUGAUUUCACGUGGAACUUGUUGUGGUUGUACAAGACCAAUUUGUAUCUAAUAUGGAUGCAGUUCUUUACCUUGUAGAAGCCUAUAGGGAACAUUUUUAAGGAUGCUUAAUGAUAUUUGAAUCAUAUCUGUAUUGGCAGAUAUUUACAUACAAGAAAGAGAUAUUGGUAUCAGAAAGAUGUUUAGAUAUGACUGACAUUUGAAACUGAUAUUUUGGGUGUUAUUGUGCUUCAGAACAGCAGAAGAUUUAGGUGAUGCUGGGCUACUGUCCUGAGUCUUAUAUUUGUCCAAAAUGCUAACGCAGGCAGAUUUAGUCCUAAUUUAUACAUUUAUAAAAUAUUAUGUUACUAUGUUGGUGCAUUUCUAGUAACAUGUUAAGUACACAUUCUAAAAACAGUCCUUCUUAUCCAGAUAUGGACUAUUUCUUCAACCAGUUGGCUACUUUUACUUUUUACCAAAAUAAAGGCAUGUUUUGAAAUUCUU